AUGACUGAAAUGGAUGAAAAUAUGCCGAUGGACACGGAGACGGUCAUGCCCGCAGCAGAAACCGAAAAUGUCCCUAAAUGUGACAGCCAAGCUGAAAAUGACUCCAAAAUGGCACCCAGUGCCUCUGCGAUGGAAUCCGAUCAGGGACCAUCUCACCCAGCUCCAAGCUCAUUCCGCGACAGAACACAAUCCGAAGCGGCGUCCUCCAUAAGCGAUCAAGAUGACGGAUCUGAGAAAAGAAGAAGGCGCUCAACUCGUGACAUAAAACGGCCGAAAUUUGACGACGAGUUGGUCGACAGUGAUAGAGAGCUCUGCGACUCCAGCUGCCAAGCAUGCUCACUCGUUACGGCGAGAAGACCCACGCAUAGCGUAGAAGACCGUCAGACAGCCGAAGAGGAAGAGGAAGCAGCAAAAAUGGAGAAGAAACGCCGUGAAGCGAGAAUCGCACAGAAAGAUAUUCGAUGCAAGGAGUUAGUCGCGGCUACAGAAGCGGCGGACGGCAUGACAUCUGCUGAAUUACGGCCGUUGGACAGCAGCAGACGACGUGGCACUGGUUACUGCAGUAACACAUCGCCUCAACCAAGCCUCGAGCUAACAAAACCCUCAAAACAAUGUGAUAUGGCACUUUCCAUUCGCGCCUCAAGAAACGCUUAUAAACACGACACAAUGACUCGAUAUUUGAGGCUCAUGUGGUUUUCUCGUUUGUUUUCGUUUUGCUUCCAGGUGCAUGAUUUGCGCGCUGCAUAUGGUAGUAUCAAGUUCAGUCGACCAUAUUCCUUAGAAGAUAUCGAGGAGAGACAAGCCAAGAAGAGGAUGAAUGAGCUACCAGUCGAAGAAAUCCUGCGAAUUCAAGUCGGUUCAGUUUUUAUAUCUCGAACGGCAUUCACGAUGAGGGAGGAAGACCUGUUGCGUAGUCUGGAUCUCGGAAAUAUGUCGUGCCCGGAUCGAGCGAUGAUGGAGGACUUGAUAAAGAAAUAUCCUGAAGAUUUCCACUCGGCUCGUACCCCUCAGUCGUUGUUGGAUCACUGGCACAUUUUGAACUCGUAUGGAAUCCUGGCUCCAGGUCCGCAAUCAGGAAUGGUCGACUGGGAGUUGUUGGAGCGAACGUACGAUCUUACCGGCAGGGUGAACUUUGAUGAGACCAGAGCACUGAACGCGGCAGCCGCGUGCGACGCCCGCGAACGCGAAUUCGCGAAAGUCGUAGUGCAGCCGGUGACGGGCAUUUGCAGCCCAGCUACCGAUGUUCGGGCCACGUUACGAGGUCGAGUGGUUCGUUACCUUGUGCGGACCGACAGAGUUGUACUGGGUCGGAGCACACCACGCGAUCCUGUUGAUCUCGAUCUCGCGCUAGAAGGCCCUGCCGAGAAGGUCUCGCGACGACAGGCGGUGAUCGCGCGCGAUCCCGCUACUGGACAGUUUGAGAUGACAAACGUCGGCGCAAGAACGGUGUUUGUGGACGGCAAAGCGCUCGGAACGAACAAUCGUACGCGACUCGUCGACAACUCGAUCAUCCAAAUCGCCAUCAUACGCCUCGUGUUCCGAAUUGGUCAGUGA